AGCGUCCCAGUCCCUCAAAUGGGAGUGGGCGAGCUGGGAUAGGCUGGGAGUUUGGUUGGGAGCCGUCAGCGAGACGGGACCAGGCACAAGAAGACGAAGGGGAGGGAAACGAAGAACCGAGCGACUCAUAACUUGUGGCUCGUGAGCGGCUGAAUGUUGGACAGGAAAUUUGACGUAGACAGUUUUACGGAAAGCAGCAUUUGUUGCGUUCAGGGGUCACGGAGCGGCGCGGAUGACAAAGAAGCGACGCCGGGCAAACUUUCUCAGCCGGGUUUAAUCGCUCCUAAAACCCGACAGGGAAUUCUGUUUUUCUUUUUCUUUGAAACCUGAGGUGUACAGAAGAGGACAUCACCAUGCCACGGCGCACCGUGCAAGAAGUAACAGUUCAGGAUGUCCAGAAGCGGAGAAAUCCCAACAAACACUACGUUUACAUCAUCAAAGUGUCCUGGAGUGAUGGCAGUACAGAAAUCAUUUACAGACGCUACAGCAAGUUCUUUGACCUCCAGAUGGAAUUGCUGGACAAAUUCCCAGUGGAAGGAGGCCAAAAAGACCCUAAGCGUAGGAUCAUUCCAUUCCUACCAGGGAAGAUCCUGUUUAGGAGAAGCCAUAUCAGGGAUGUGGCCAUGAAAAGGCUAAGGCCCAUCAAUGAAUACUGCAGGGCCCUCAUUCAGCUGCCAGUCUACAUCUCCCAGUGCGAGGAGGUCAGAGUGUUUUUUGAGACCAGACCUGAAGACCUCAACCCACCCAAGGAGGAACCCAUCGGAAAGAAGAAAUCAGGGAUUGUGGAGAGAGCGACUACUUUCCUAAAGCGAGGUAGUAAACACUUGGUUGUGCUGUGUGUGACCCAGCAGGUUGCUAGUGGCCUGUCCCUCCCCCCCUCUCCUCCCCUGGCCUGGGCAGGUGAUGCCACCUCAGCAGACCCUCUCCUCCUCGACCAGUAUGUGGCAGUAACAGACUAUGAGAAGCAGGAGAGCUCUGAGGUCAGCCUACAUGUGGGGCAGGUGGUGGAGGUUAUAGAGAAAAAUGAGUCUGGGUGGUGGUUUGUCAGCUCAGACGAUGCCCAGGGCUGGGUUCCUGCCACCUGCCUUGAAGCACAGGAUGACCCCGAUGACUUCUCUUUUCCAGGAGAAGAAGAGGAGAAGUAUUCAGUGAUUUACCCGUACUCGGCCAGGGACCAGGAUGAGAUCGACCUGGAGAGAGGCAUGAUUGUCGAGGUGAUUCAGAAGAACCUGGAGGGCUGGUGGAAGAUCAGGUACCAGGGCCGUGAGGGCUGGGCCCCAGCCUCCUACCUGAAGAAGACUGACAUCCAGGGCCAGAAGCAGUCAGCAGGCGCUGGUGUUCAUGCCAGCACCAAUGACCUAGAUGGGUUUUCUAAACAGAACCAGCAAAACAACGCAGCCAAAGAGAACCGAGACAACAGCCAAAAAGAAAACAGACUCUCAUUUUUUUCUGACAGCAAAAGCAAAGUGGGAGCAAGACACAGACCUCCUCCACGCAGAGAUCUUACCAUUCCACGUGGUACAAACCUACCCAAGCCACCUGUACCUCCUCAGGUUGAGGAAGAGUUCUACACCAUAGCAGACUUCCAGACUACCAUCCCUGAUGGUAUUAGCUUCCAAGCAGGAAUCAAAGUUGAGGUGAUCGAGAAGAAUAGUGGUGGUUGGUGGUACAUCCAGAUAGAUGACAAAGAGGGCUGGGCCCCUGCCACCUUUAUCGACAAGUACAAGAAGACCAGUAAUGCCCUGCGACCUAAUUUCCUUGCCCCUCUGCCCAAUGAGAUGGAGAAGCUGAGACUUGAAGACGGUGGUUCUUCAGGCACAGACGACAGCUGGUCCAAGCCUUUACCAGAUGAGCCAACCACAGCCCCUGACUCCUGUGCCCGGCCUAAGCUGAGAGAUUGGAAGUCCGGUGCCAGCAAGACUGGGCCUUUACCACCAGCCCCAGCCGCCCCUCCAGCUGAAGAGAAACCAGCUCUGCCACCACGAAGGGAGUCCAUUAAUAAGAGCUUUGAAUUGGAGGUAUCCGAGAAAGUGAGGGUUGAUCAUUCCAAACCUUUGCCUCCAAAGCCCCCAGCUCCUGGGGUCAUAAUGCCACUGGUUACACCCAAAGCACCCCCCUUCAAACAGGACAAACCACCAGAGACCAAGAAAGAAGAUAAGAGCAAAGCUCUUCACCUCCGAAAUGAGAUGGGUCUUGAAUGUGGCCACAAGAUCUCUGCCAAAGAGGUGAAGAAGUUUAAUCUGAAACCCGUACCUAAACAGCCACCAAAACCCAAAGCAGAGGUGCAGGAGGAGAAACCAGAGGUAGCUGGUCCAGCAGUGUUCAUGAAGCCGAAGCCAGUGAUCCGACCUAAACCUGCCCCAGCUGCAAAGCCAGAUCCUCCGGCUGAGAACAAACUAGACAUCACCAACCUGAGAAGCAAGCUGAGGCCAUCGAAACCUGCGGAUCCUGGCUCUGCGUCAGCUGAGGUGAACCAUCAAAAUGACACCACAGUAAAUAGUUCCCAUCCCAGUGGCCCCUCUAGUUCCCCCCCAAUUCAUAUCCCUACUCUCAACAAUGGUAAGCACUGCGACGAGCCAAAACUUCCCCUAAAACACAUGAAUGGUCAUAGCCAGGAGAGCUCAUCACCCCCUGCAAAACCAGCAGUGCCCCCCCACAAGGAUCCCCCACAGAGACCCCCUGCCAUGGUUCCGAGGAGACCUCCUCCUCCCAAGAAGACCGACCCAUCCAGCCCGACUGAGCCCAAAGCUCCAGCCCCUCUAAGAGAAAUCCAGGACCCUCCCAAGGGCCCGGCACCUCAACUCAGCAGACCCCCUCCCCCUAAACCCAAAGCAUUUGCUCAGGCACCUCCAAGCAAAGAGAAAGAAGAGCCCAAAAUGAAUAAAGUCCCAAUUCCUCCCAAGCCCCAGGUGAAGAGUGAGAAGCCGGGGCCGCCAAAGGACAAGCUUCCACCUUUACUCAUGGAGCCCAGUAAGGAUGAGCUGUAUCUAGCUGUGGCGGACUUUGAAGGGGAUGACCAAACAUCCAGCUUCAAGGUGGGUACGGUGUUUGAGGUUCUGGAAAAAAACAGCAGUGGCUGGUGGUUCUGUAAAAAUGUAGGACAAGAUGUUGAGAGCUGGAUUCCCUCAAAUUACCUGAGCAAGAAACCUUAGUGUGCUGCCAUAUGAAUAAAUAAACAAACUAAUGAUUUAAAUGAACAAAAUAUCACUACUUUGUAGCUUAUUAGCAUCUUUUUUUAAUUUAUAGGUACCUUUCGUUUUUUUAAAGUGACAUGUUUUUGUUAUGUUGCAUUUUGAUAAAAAAAAAUUCUACCUAAACUGAACCAGCAAUAACACAUGACCUUGUUGGGUCUUGUGAUGUUUACUUUUGUUUUUAUCGUCGUUUUACAUUUAAAAGAAAGUAAGUUGCUUUUGUUGCCAUAUGCUAGUCUCAGCCUUUGUCAGUCUUGCCAAUAAAUAGGCUAGACGCUAGAGCAGCAGUAAAUGUAUCUCCACCCAUGCCUUCUAUGAUAUGGUGCCUCUAUAUUAUAUGCAAAGUGCUUCAGUGCUUAAUAUACUGUAUGCAACUGUAGGCAUAGUCCUUGUUGGAAAUUAAAAAACCUUUGACUAAAAAUCUACAUCCCAGGAGAAAACACUAGUUGUUCAAAUCCAGCAGUAGACAAAAAAAAAAAAAAAAUCAUAUAUCCCUUAAAUAAAGGCUGCACAUGAACUCACUGGGGGAGUUCAGUGACUACAUCUGGGCUCUCAAGUGCUAUUAGCAAUUACUAAAAGAGAUGUCUUUGCCAAGUAGAAGUGCUGUUUGUUAUACAAGAAACAUGCAUAUUCGUUUUUGUGCUGUUGUAAUGCUUUUCAUCGUGGACUGCAUAAUUCAUGUUGCAGUGACUUGUAAAGGUGUGCACUUUUUCAGUCAUUUCAUAUGAGAUCACUUUGGGGUUUGCACAUGCUGAAGGAAGCCAGAGUGCAUUGUUUUUUUAGUUUGCCAUUUGUAUUAGCAAUGUUCUUUUUCUAUAUUCACUGUAAAAAAAAAAAAAAAAAAAAAAAAAUCCACUAAUGUAAAGAUGAGACUGACAAGUUGAAAAGAAGCUCUCUGUCAAAGUAUUUUAACAUGAUUAUGUUAUGUUACACCCAAACAAUAAGUGAAAUGUGACUUGCAGAGCACAUCUGUCUGUACCAGAUGUCUGACCUAAGAAAUAAGUGAUUACAUGAUUUGUGCAAUGAUUUACAGUAUUGUAAGUGUACAGUCUGUUCAUAACCGAGGUUUGGUGCUCAAAUAACAGCGAAAGGACGACCAUUGUAUAAAAAUAAUGUUUUACAUAAAUGCUUGACUGGUCUCAAGCAUGGUCAGUAUAGCAAAUUAUUUUUUAUUGUACAGAAAUGAGAGGCUUAUCAUAGCUGUUGUCACUUUUUCUUUGAUGGUCCAUCUGUAAGGUCUUUAACUCUGUACUGAUGAAGGGAUUAGAGGAAGAAAGAGCCAAGAAGGAGCUGUGUUUGUUGGGUUAUGGGGAAAUACAGAGGGUUGUGUCAUUUUUGUUUCUGUGUCUGUCGAGAUACAAAAAGUCACUCAAGAAAAGUAUGUGAAACAACUGGCUGCUAUUGUCACACCAAGUGGUCCAGAAAUUGUUGUCUACUAUUCAUUUUUUGAAUGAAGCGUUAGGUUUACAAAACAGUUGAUAAGCAAAAUUGGAACAUAAAAAUGUACUGUACAUUCAUGGUUCUCUAAACAAUCAGACAAGGCUACAAGCUGUAACUCUGCUUCUAGUCGCUAUAUUAUUCCACCUUCCACCUAUGUUUUAUAAAGAAAGGACAGAAUGUUACCAACUACUAAGAAGAAAUUGUAUAAUUGAGGAGAAAAAGAAGGAAGCUACAGUACAAUGUAAGGCAAAUGUAUGGGUUGAUGGUGUCAUCAUUUCAGUAUUGUAAUCUUAUUUACUUUUUUUGCUAUGUAUUUUUCAUUACAUUGUGUCUUCUUUUACUUAAUUCAAUAAAAGUUUAAAAUUUUUCAGUUCA